AAGAGGGCGUGUUCAAACACACUACCGAGGCAGCAGCAGUCAUUCUACCGAGUUAUUGCGCUUCAGAGCAGCAGCGCUGGUUCUGAGGAUGCGGUGACAACAUCAGUAACAAUUCUAUAAAAAAAGAGAAAUCUGUCUGUCUAACAGAGUUAUUUAAAUUUCCCGAGAGUUUGAUCUGAGCGCUUUUUUUACGUCUCUGUUGUUUGAUGAAUGCGCCCCCAUUGUCAACCUGCUGGGGGCCUAACAGUGAAGCAGCACCGGCUUUAUGAAUGGGGAUGCUCGGUUCCCAGGCUGACUGCAGUUGAGAAGUAUCAAUAUUCACUCCAAGAUCUCUAACAAGGAUUAUUAAGAUAAGAUUUGGAAGCUCUUUGUGCAUAACAAAACAGCCACCAUGCCAAUACUAAAACAGCUAGUGUCUGGCUCCUCCCAGACCAAGCGGCGCUCACGCAUGGACCUGACCAGGGAGAUGAUCAGCGCUCCACUGGGCGACUUCCGCCACACCAUGCAUGUAGGCCGCAGUGGUGAUGCGUUCGGAGACACCUCCUUUCUCAGCACCCGCUCAGGAGAACCUCCCCCUGAGACCAAUUUCUUUCCCCGCUCUCCCCGGCCUGGCCUCCUGUCUCGCACUUUCAGGAGCAGCAAACGCUCCCAGUCGGUGACCAGAGUUGACCAGCAGAGCGACAACACCCUGGUGAGUCCUGGUGGGUCACCCACCUAUGUGAAGAAUGCCAUGUCUCUGCCCUUUCUCAAUGAUGAGGACAGAGGGGACAGUAUGGUGGCUAAGAGUUUGUCAUCGAGUCCUUUAAAGCAGCACAGUGAGGUGGAUGGGAGAGGUGCAGCUUCAGCUGCUCACUUCCUGGAGCUGGAAGAGCGCAGCUUUGGGGAGCUGACUGAGCUUCCGGAGAGCUCCCACCACUACGGAGGUGGCAUGAAGCAUGCCGAGUCAGUAAUGUCUUUUCAUGUCGACCUGGGACCCUCCAUGCUGGGUGACAUCCUGGGGGUGAUGGAGAAAGAGGAUGACGAUCUUGGCUACGAGGAGGGCAAGAGCAGCGAAGGCCGUGCCUCACCACCUCUCAGCACCCACGGUGAGGAAGAAGAUAGUAUGGAGAGAGAAAAAGAUGAGGAUGCAGAAGAGGAGAUGGAAGAAGAGAAAGAAGCUGCAGAUCUCCAGCAGCAGGCCUCAAUGCAUCCAGCUAGCUCUGUAGAUCUGGGGCCUGAGAACGGAGGGCCCUACACCCCAGAGUACACUCCCGAGACUCGGCCCAAACACUUGCAGCAUCUUGACAGCUGCUCCAUGUCUAGCUCUGGCUCUGCUGCCCUGGAUGAGAAACCAAACAGCCAGACGUAUGCAGGAGAUACAGACAGCGCCACCUUCAGUGCCCCGCCAGAGGAGGAGAGCAACUUCUCCUCUUUCUUGGAGGAUGAAGACGAUGAGAUCCACGUAUGAGACUAUAUGAAGUCUUCUAAAAAAAAAAAAAAGCUCUGGAAGGGGUUUAUGUGAAACUAGCAAGUCCUUUGACAAUGUGGAUUUGCACUUGAACAGGAAUAAAGACACUGUUGUCAGUUACUGUGGGGAUGGGAGUGUGAAGAAGACGGAGGCCACUUACUUUGUAGGUCUGCAAGAAGACAGUGACUGCUCCUUUUUAUGGAAAAGCCCAAACUCCUCCAUCUGUCAGAGCCUUACCCUUCGCUGUCUGUCAAUCUGUCUCUCCUUUUUGAACACUGAGGGAACUGACAUGGAAGAGCAACCACUCUUUGAAUAUAGAACAUUCCAGAAGUAAAAGGGGAGGACGGUUUCGUAAAAGAAACCUUUAGGAAAAGAAAAAACACUUUCCAUAACUGAAGCUCAGUUCACACUUUCUCUCCCUUUCCUCUCUUGAUGCUUCACAUGUGCUCAUUUUGGUUCGCCUAUCCUCGUCUUGUUGUGCUUUUUCUCACUGGCGUUGCGAUAUCAUGAUGGCUGGGCUGUCACCACAGGAUCACUGGUGGGUAUCUUGUCACAAUAAAGGGGGCUGUGUUUGUCACUAGAAUGUGAAUCCCUUCCUUGCGCCCCUUUUCAUCUGAAAAUAUAUUAAAGUGCCAUAGAUCUGUCAGUUUUCUCCCUUAUGUAACUCAGGGUCCCUGCGAUGCUGCUUAAAGGCUGCCAUUUCCUGCUGUAAAGCAGGACCACAACACCCAAAACCAAAACUCUCUUCUGUUUUUAAUUCACUGUGGGCGCCACACAGGCUUAGCCUCAGUGGAAAUUAGAGAAAAGCAGCAUUGUAAAGCUAAUGGAGAUACAUUGGCCUGCAUUAAUUAUAAAGCACGGUGUUACUGCAGAAAGCCAGAGGUGUAAGUAGUAGUGUGUGGCACGCUGGAGAGGGAUUGUAGAGUGUUUGUCUCUUUUUCAAUGAACAGAUUCUUUUGUUUUGUUCCACGCUAAAGCCAUAAUGAUGAUGCUUUUACAGAUUUCCGAUAACUGACAUGAAUUGGCUAUCUUCCUCUUACUAAUGUUAUUUCAAGUUGAAACUGAAAAGAGUUUGAUAACCACUUCCUUCCUUGUUUUUGUACAUCCGAGCAGCUGCAGUGGUGCAACUGAACUGUGUAAAAGAUGUUGAUCCUCAUUAGUCCAUGGGCUGCCUUUAUGUAUAAAACAGUUUCCACUACUAGUUAUGAAGAUGGCUUUAGGGUAUGUAUUGUUGAAAAUUGGUGCACCAGCAGGCACAUUUAAACCAGACACUACUAGUAUUUGGUGUUUAAUACCUGUUGUUGUUUUUUAAUCUUUGAAAAAAAAGUUGCUAUGUUUAUGUUAUGUCUGUUUAUAGUGGAUGAAAAAGAAAGCCUCAGCCAGCAAUAGCAUUAAAGCAUUAAAAAAAGAUUGCUAUUUCUGUGCAAGUUGAUAGUCAUUGCAGCGUGACUGUAUCUCUUGCAUCAUUAAAAGCCGCGGCCAGAAGUAUUGGGGCUCAGUUGUGCUGAUUGAUUUCACUGCCUUAACUGAAACUGACAGAUGUGCCAAAUCAUAAUUGUCUAGCCAAAUAUAAUUUUACUUCACUUUUGGGAGAGCCUGUCAAAUCUUCCUUCUCUGUAUGGGUAAUCACUGUUGAAUUUAAGACUUAAGUUAGGUAAGGUUAAACAAAAUGUAAAGUGUUCUAAGAUGUCAAUCAAGCAGGAAAAGAAUGAAUUUGCAUAACUGGUUAUUUAUAUUUCCAAUCACUCAAACACUACAAAAUAUAUUCAGGUUGUUUCUAGGGUUAACAAUUUUGUGCAAAUGGGAAGUUGUCUGUGUUGCCCUUUCUGUAUAUUGAUGUAUAUUAUGCCUUACUUCUUUACUGUUACCUUCUUUCUGCAUUAUCUAAAAUAACCUAUAUUUUUCAAUAAAAGAAAUCCUGAACAUCU